GAAGAUCGAGGAGGUGAAGAGCACACCAAGACCCAGCGCAUCGCCACACACAGCCAUGUGAAGGGGACUGGGCAAACUGGAUGGAGAGCAGGCAUGGCCAAGCAGGCGGCCGACGGGCUGGUGGGCCAGGAGAACGCCCGGGAGGCAUGUGGCGUAAUAGUAGAGCUAAUUAAAAGCAAGAAAAUGGCUGGGAGAGCGGUGCUGCUGGCUGGACCUCCUGGAACUGGCAAGACCGCUCUGGCCCUUGCAAUCGCACAGGAGUUGGGCAGCAAAGUGCCAUUUUGUCCAAUGGUUGGCAGCGAAGUCUAUUCUACAGAAAUUAAGAAAACAGAAGUGUUAAUGGAGAAUUUCCGAAGAGCUAUUGGGCUGAGAAUAAGAGAGACCAAGGAAGUGUAUGAAGGGGAAGUGACAGAGUUAACCCCUUGUGAGACUGAGAAUCCAAUGGGAGGUUACGGCAAGACCAUCAGCCAUGUGAUUAUAGGCCUGAAAACUGCCAAGGGAACCAAACAGCUGAAGUUGGACCCAAGCAUCUAUGAAAGUCUACAGAAGGAGCGAGUGGAAGUUGGGGAUGUCAUCUACAUUGAGGCAAACAGCGGAGCAGUGAAGAGGCAGGGCAGGUGUGACACCUAUGCCACCGAGUUUGACCUUGAAGCUGAAGAGUACGUCCCGCUCCCGAAGGGGGAUGUCCACAAGAAGAAAGAAGUGAUUCAGGAUGUCACGCUGCAUGACUUGGAUGUAGCCAAUGCAAGGCCUCAGGGAGGACAAGACAUCCUUUCGAUGAUGGGUCAGUUGAUGAAACCGAAGAAAACAGAGAUCACAGACAAGCUGAGAGGGGAAAUCAACAAAGUGGUCAAUAAAUACAUCGACCAGGGCAUUGCAGAACUGGUUCCUGGUGUCCUGUUCAUCGAUGAGGUGCACAUGCUGGACAUUGAAUGCUUCACCUAUCUGCAUCGUGCCCUGGAAUCAUCACUCGCCCCCAUUGUCAUUUUCGCCACUAACAGAGGAAACUGCGUCAUCAGGGGAACAGAAGAUGUCGUCUCCCCACACGGGAUACCCCUGGAUCUCCUGGACAGAGUGAUGAUUAUCCGGACCAUGCUGUACACACCACAGGAAAUGAAGCAGAUUAUAAAGAUUCGAGCGCAGACCGAGGGCAUUAACAUCAGCGAAGAAGCCUUAAAUCACCUGGGGGAGAUCGGCACUAAGACCACAUUGAGGUACUCUGUACAGCUCCUGACCCCAGCUAACCUCCUCGCCAAAAUCAAUGGCAAAGACAGCAUCGAGAAAGAACACGUGGAAGAAAUAAACGAACUCUUCUACGACGCCAAAUCAUCUGCGAAAAUACUUGCCGAGCAACAAGAAAAGUAUAUGAAAUAA